UUGGGUCUGAGUCGCGAACAAGCAACAGCAGUGAAAUCUAUUACCGAAGAAGUGUUUUUUCCUGCAUACAGUCCUUUACUGUUAUAAUUAAACGUGUGCAGAAACGGAAAAGAUGCCGAGACACAGUUCUAGAGGGAACUCCAGGAUGCCCAGACAACAGGCUAAUCAAGUCAGAACCCAUAUGCCUCCAAGAAACCGAAUGAAGACUAAUACAGGAUUUAGAAGAAACGCGCAUCACACAACAAGAACACGUCCUAAUCCAGGUGUUAGAGGAAACUUCCAUCACAAAAAGAGGACAAAUCCUAAUCCAGUUAAUGCAGGGAACAGAGGGAUACGGCCAAACCAAAUUAGACAUUCUAAUCCAGGAUUUAGAAGAAACACACAUCACACAAGCACACAUCCUAAUUCAGGUGCCCAAGGAAGAGGAAAGUUCCAUCAUAAAAAGAGGACAAAUCCUAAUCCAGUGCAGAGACAGGCGCUGAACAAACUUAUUCUUCAGGCAGUAAAGGGCCCAAUGCCACCAGUCAGGAAACCCUUGUCAGUGGUGGAGAUGCUGAAAAAGAAACUGAAAGCUAAUCGAGAGCUGGCGGUUCGUCCCAGAGUCCAAAGGACACGUACACCUGCUAUGUCUGGUCUUCCUGUUCAUAAGGCAGUGAAGCUGCUGAAACAGAAGCUGAAAUCUAAUCGAGAACUGAUGAUUCGUCCCAAAGUCCAAAGGACAAUUACACCUGUUAUGACUGUACAUCCUGUACGUCCUAUCGCAGCUAGUGUCUAUGAUCAUACGCCUGCAAGUGCCGUUCCCUACCAACCACGACAUCAAGUGCGUUACGAUCAUGGAAACAUGACUCCACAUUCCAGCCAGGUGGCCAGUGACUCUGCAGCUUCUGCUCAGAGUCAUAAGAUAGAAAAGUCACCGGCUGAUAAUGAGAAUAUUACAGAAAUCACAGACGAAAACCUGCUGUUCCUAAAUGAACACCGAGCCGAGUUAAUCGACAAAGUGAAAAACGUGGUCAGGAUCUUAGAUUACCUUGAGCUAUCCAAUGAAAACGCAGCAAUUGUGCGAGCACAGUUGACGGACCAGGCCAUGAUGAGGAAACUUCUGGAAUUUACAACCAGCAAACGUGCUGCAGAGCUUCUGAUUAAAGUCUUGUUGGAAGAAGCAGGUGAUGUCAUAGAGGAUCUUAAAGACUCCAGUGAUGAUGAGGAUGAUGCUGGGGAUGAUGUAGAUUAGUGAUUCCCCUGGUAUUAAAGCUGCAGUACUGAAUUUUUGCCUCUCUAUCGCCAUCUCUGAUUGAAACAUAAAACUGCAAGUUACUUGCGGAGUAUUAAAAAAAAAGAGUUUUGAACACUGAUUUUUUUUACAUACUUGCUCAAUAAUUGAUUUUUGUCAAUUUUUAUCCAAAAAAAGUUCAAUACUGCGGCUUUAAAUAAAAUCUUAAAUAAGUUAAGAAUAAUUUGUUAAGAUCAUGUUUUGAUAAUAGUUACUAUAGAUAGUGUAGAGUGCUUUGGCUGAUAUUUACUAUAGAUAGAACGAUAGAUAUGUUGAUUGAUUAAUUGUUUGAUUAAUUUUUGGCAUUUUACUAAAUUGACAAUUUUUUAAAAGACAAAUUAAAAGACAAAUAUUUUAAUUUCUAUUCUUUUUUUUAUGAUUUAGAUUGAAUUAAUUAAUGACUUUUUCCUCUGGUCCUGGAGAACCCUCUGUCCUACACAUUUUAGUGCGUGUUUAGGGCUGAUUAUUUGAACACUAAAAUGUGCCGGACCAGGGAAGUGAACAUGUGAAAAUCACUAGGUUUAUCACUAGGGGGCGAUGGCAGCUUAAGAAUUGUGGGUCUGUAUAGAUAUGACUUGGAAGUGAAUGUGGACAGACAAUUCUAGCAUUAAAAAAAAAGACGGGAUAGGAUAGGAUUACACACAUGAGCCACUGUUAAUGCUGUUAGAUAAUAAACUGGAGUCAGAUGUCAGAUGCUGAAAUGUGAUGGUCCUCUCACCACAAAAUACCAACAGCGUCGAAUUACAUAAAAAAAAUAAUAAAAUGAAUUGCUAGCUCAUUCUACAAUAAAACAAAUAGAAAACAGUGUCUUAAUAUUUAAACUGAAUAAAGAUUUGUGAGAUCUAGGCCAAGCUCUAACCCAUUGGCUCAUUAA